AUACCGGACGCUGGGUGAUGACGACACGAGUCACUGGCAACGAGAGAAGAGGAAGACAACUUCUGCUACGAUUUUCCGGUUUUCUUUCAGCUGCCCUGACGGUGAUGGCUUUGAUCACGGCGACACGAGCAUUGGCGCCGGUUGUUGCCUACAUCGCACCACAACGAGUAAGGUCACAUUUCAUGAGGCGCGCGUUUGCUUCCGGGAACUGUCGCUCCAGGCGUUUCAGCGUUCUGCGUUCGACAGUCGGAACGGAAACGCGCAACGAGAACAACAUCACUACACCUUACCAUUCACCCUUGCCGACGUCUAGAUAUGUGUACCAAUCCUCUCGCACUCUCUCUUCACGUAAUCCAGCGCUGCCUUUAGAAUCCACGCUUAUGCACUCGAACGCAAACGAAUUGACAGAUGUCGAACUGAAGAACUUGGUUGCUCAUUGGAGAGACCACCCUGUCUUAAAUCCGAUGGUCACUUUCCGCUCAUGGGUCGUUCCUAUCAAAGGCAAGAUGAUUCAAGCAAUUCUCAAUUCUAAAUCCCUGCAACCCUAUCUAGCAAGCAGACACGAACUGCUGCAAGAAAUGCAUGUGAGACUGAAAAUCGUUCGCGAUUACACCGACUCUACCGAUGGCACAGAAAAAUUGAUACUCUUGCAUCCCGAUACGCCACCACUGUCGGAACUUCCCGCAGAUGUCCAGCAGCUAUUACGCAAUUGUCAGAUUCAUGAAAAUGGUCCCGUCAUGCCUACGAAGUUUACGUAUAAAGACUUUACGGCAUCGUACAUUCUAUCUCAGCUGUUGCCUAUAGCUGUCCAUCCGCCUCCGACGGCCUUUGAGACCAUCGGACACGUGGCGCAUUUAAAUUUGAAGGAGCGUCACUGGCCUUACCGCUUUCUUAUCGGCCAAGUGCUGCUAGAAACGUUGCCCUUGAUAGAAAGCGUCAUUAACAAAGUGGGGGAAGUCUCGGGACCGUACCGCACCUACGAUUUUGGACUGCUUGCGGGUCGCAAUGAUACGCGGGUCAAGCUCACAGAAUCAGGCGUGCAACUGCAAUUCGAUUUAGCGGACGUCUACUGGUGCUCAAGGCUUUCGGAGGAACGACAACGGCUCCUUCGUACCUUUCAGCCUGGGCAGAUCAUUGCCGAUCCCUUUUGUGGAGUGGGCGCUCUAUGUCUGCUGGCUGCAUCGUUGCCACAACGGAAUUGCACGAUCUGGGCCAACGACUGGAAUCCAAAGGCGGUGGAAUACUUGCGCGAGAAUGCGCGGCGGAAUCAUGUGUCCGACCGCAUAGAACGGCUACAAUGCGGAGAUGCCUACGACUUUCUUAUGGAUAUGGGUCUACAACAACACCAGAAAGCAUCGACCAGAUCAAGGAAAGAGGAUGUUACGAACAAGGAUGGGAACCAUGUAACUCCAACCGAACCUAUGCGACUCCCGGAUCACGUCGUAAUGAACUAUCCAGUAGAAGCACCCAAAUUUUUGGGUGCGUUACGGUGGUGGCCUGUCCCGCCAAGCUCAAGAAGGGGUAGCACCACACGCGAUGGUGGUAUCGGAUCGGUCAUCGUACCACGUGUUCACGUUUAUACGUUUGCCAGGGCUGAUCCCACAACAGACCGAGAUGCCGAAGAGGUGGCGGUAGAUCUGGUUGCGGCCAAUUUGUUGCCAUUGGGAAACACGAUACACUGUCGGACCGAAAUGAACGAAGACUACGAUUGCGACAUCCAGGUCCAUCCGGUGCGUGAUGUCGCACCCGGAAAGGUCGUCCUGUGCGGCGACUUUCGAUAG